GUAUGAUAUAUAUUGGAUAAGAAUGUCCUGGUUUCCUAAUAUUUGGUUCAUGCAAUCCUUGCUUAAGAUUAUUUAUAAAUGAAAUAUUUUCCGUUUUGUUCUUUGUUGUUUAUAACUUGCUAUUGAACUUUUUUUUCCUUUUUUUGCACUAGUUGACAACGUUAUCUUUUUUUUUAAAACAAUAUGCCAACGUUAUCUACCUAUUGAAAAGAUUUGUAUUGGAGAGAAUAAUAUAAAUGAAUACGUACUAUAAGAUUUGUAUGAGCAUAGCAACAUGGGGCCUUAUAUUUAAUGACGCCAUGCCGGCGCCACCAUGAUACAGACGUCUUUUUUCUUUUAUUUUUACCGGUGAGGAAGGAGUUUUAUGGGGGUGACGACUGACGAGACUCCGGCAAAACUUUCAGGUGCCGUCAAAUUAAAAACAUUGUUUUAAAAAAAAAGGUUGAACAAGUAAAACUCUUAUCUGAUGUCUUAUUCCCGACGGCUGCUUCUUUAUGAUGUAAUUUUUUUUUUUUCUGUCCAAAGCUUUAUGAUGUAAUCUAUUAUUAAAUUAAUAUGCUAAAAUAGCUGGAAACGAGAAAAGAUUAAUAAAAAAUUAAAAAUGCGUUGUAAUUUAUUAACCAAAGAGACACGACAUGCUGUCUCGUAAACUUAAAGGAAAACGUCAUGCCGUUUUAUCACGCUGAGAGUCCAUCUUCUGUUAUGUUUCGUUUCUACUUCUCAGCUGUUUCCUUUUGACGAAAUGGGUUGUACUUGUUAGAUUUUUCCACAAAAUCGCGACGUCAUCAGCUUUGUGGGGUUCGUGCAAUGUAUUUUUCUUUGCAUAUAUCUUUCAAGUUUCAACUAGAAUAUAUGAUUUUUUUUCUUCUUAAUGUUAGAGAAAACAAGUCAUGGUCAUGACGUAAAGAAGAUGAUCUUAAAAUCUAAUGGUCUAUACAAUUGAUUUGCAUUUAUCCAUAAGCGUACAUUUAUCCAUAAGCGUAACCAUACGAAGACAAUUUUAAUUAUGACCUAAGUCUAAAACUAAUAAAUAAAUCUCUUGACAUCAGCCUUGUCGUAAGCCAUUUACUAUGCCGUCGUCAUCAACUGAUUUUAGAAAAAAAUACUAUAUCGUGCAAGUCAUCAAUUUAUCUAAGUUACAAAUUAUAAUAGGUUAAACAUGACAUUACCUUAAGAUAAUAAUAACAAUGAUACUUAAAAAUUGAGCUAUCGAACUCCAGUUCCGACAAUGAGUUAAAUUUUUUCUCUUAAUUAACACAAUGUUUUAAAAAUAUUUGGAUGAUUUACACUCAACAUUAAUGAAAUGAUUACAAGUAUAGUCAUAGAUAUGUAUUUCAGAUACGGUGACGUUGCUUCGGAUAUGAUGAGAAUACAAUUUAUACAUGCUUACGUUAAGUUGACCCCAAAACGAAAUGCUCUAAAAAAAUCUCUAUAUAAAUUCUCUAAUCCAAUCUCUUACCAAUCCAACUGAACUAAACAAGACUCUCUCUCUCUCUCUCUCUAUCCUCUCUCUCCUUCCUUCUCUCUCAUACAACAAUUAUGCAAAAAGCAGUAAGACCAUACGAGUCAUCGUGGACGAAGACCAUACCGGGGAAUAGCAUUUUCCGCCCAGAGAAUGAAGAUAAACCAUCAUCAUCCUUAUCAUGGUUAACAUCAUCACCACAAAAACCAUCAUCUUUAAGCAUCAAGAAACCAAACAACGUAUUGGUGAUGGAGAAUGCUGCGGUAGUGUUUGCCAGGAAAGGUUGUUGUAUGGGACAUGUAGCCAAACGGUUGUUACUGACACAUGGAGUGAACCCAUUGGUAGUUGAGAUUGAUGAAGGAGACAACAACGGUGACAAUAUCAUCAUGAGUGAGCUCGGUAAUAACGUGAUUAGUAAAGAGAAAUUACCAGUCAUGUUCAUAGGAGGGAAGUUGUUUGGAGGAUUAGAGAAUCUGAUGGCUGCUCAUAUUAAUGGUGAUUUAGGACCUACUCUCAGACAAGCUGGGGCUUUAUGGCUUUGAUUCAUCAUUGCAAUUCUCAUAUAAAUGUUUAUUUAGUUGCCUUUUGAUUUUUUUUCUCUUUGUUGCAUUUGCUUGUUGAUAUUGUAUGCAAUUUUGUAAACCUAUGUGAAUUUGUGAUUGGUUUGUUAUGUGAUUGGUUUGAUCAUAAACAACAAGAAAAAUAUAUAGAAAGAACAGAAAUAUAUUUUCUUGUAA